UUAUACAUUUUUAUAUGCUCUCUCUCUUUCCUCUCUCCCGCUCAACUUAACAGCUUCCUUUCCCAUUUCUUUAGCCCAACCAAUCAAUCAAAGUCUUCAUUUAGUUUUCCUUCUUUUCUUUCUUUCUUUUUUCUUUUCUUUAUUCUUUUGUUUGCAUUAUUUUCCGGUGGUUGCGCUGUUUUUUGGUGUCUGAAUCGGUGAAAGAGUAACAAACAAACAAACAAACAUCUUGAAUGAUAGUGAGAUAAGAGAGAAAAGAGGACAUCAUGUUUGGCAGCAGCAGAAAUAGCAGCAGCAAUGGCAGCAGCAACAACAACAAUAACAUUCCUCGUCCACAGUUUAUGCAAUCCGAACCCCGAUUUUCCACAACAGAAGCCUAUACUGACGAUGACUAUGCCAUGCGUAGCAGCAGCGCCGCCUCCCCCAUGAGCCCUUACUACUACGACCCUGGAAGAUUAAGUGGUGAGGGCUCACCAAUGAUGAUGUCACCAUGGAAUCAAACAACAAAUUCACCAUUCUCAAAGCCACAAUGGUCACAACAUGAAGACACGCCUCCACAGAAUUCACUAAUUGGUUCACUGGUCCGCGAAGAGGGUCACAUUUAUUCUUUAGCCGCAUCCGGUGACUUAUUAUACACCGGCUCAGACAGCAAGAACAUUCGUGUGUGGAAGAAUCUUCAAGAAUAUUGCGGAUUCAAAUCCAACAGUGGACUGGUGAAAGCAAUCAUAAUAUCCGGUCAAAAGAUCUUCACUGGUCACCAAGACGGUAAAAUCCGUGUUUGGAAAGUCUCUCUCAAGAACCCUAGCGUUCACAAACGUGCUGGAACAUUACCAACACUCAAAGACAUCUUCAAAAGCUCAAUUAAACCAAGCAAUUAUGUCGAGGUUAGAAAACACCGAACUGCAUUAUGGAUCAAACAUUCGGAUGCAGUUUCAUGCCUAAGUCUUUCUCCAGACAAAACCUACCUCUACUCUGCUUCAUGGGACAGAACCGUCAAAGUUUGGAGAAUCGCCGAUUCAAAGUGCUUGGAAUCCAUUACUUCCCAUGAGGAUGCAGUUAACGCCGUCGUUUGUGGAAACGACGGAAUUGUUUUCUCUGGUUCAGCAGACGGAACAGUUAAAGUGUGGCGAAGAGAACCACGUGGUAAAGCAACAAAACAUGUAAUGGUUAAACAACUUUUAAAACAAGAAUGUGCAGUAACUGCUUUAGCAAUUGACAGCACAGGUUCAAUGGUUUAUUGUGGUGCUUCUGAUGGAUUGGUUAACUUUUGGGAACGUGAUAAGCAAUUUGAACAUGGUGGAGUCCUCAAGGGUCAUAAGCUUGCAGUUUUGUGUUUAGCUUCUGCUGGGAAUUUGGUUUUUAGUGGUUCAGCUGAUAAAACUAUAUGUGUGUGGAAAAGAGACGGUGUUAUUCACACGUGUAUGUCUGUUUUAACGGGACAUGAUGGUCCCGUUAAAUGUUUAGCAGUGGAGCAGGAUCGCGAAUCUGAUGCUAGAGGCGAUCAACGGUGGAUAUUGUAUAGUGGGAGUUUGGAUAAAUCGGUUAAGGUUUGGAGUGUUUCGGAGAGUAUGCAGGUACAGCACCGUAUGACUUCUAUGACUUCUGAAGGGGACUCGAUACCUUCGGAAUCCGAUAGCAGUUACUCCUCAAGUCGGCCCAGUCUUAAUAAGAGAAACUAAUUAUUUGGGCCUUGUUUAUCUGGUCCAAUUUGAUGCUACUGCCACGUCUCCUUGUGAGAUGAUUGUGUUGUUGUUUCUCUUUUUAAUAUGUAUGUAUGUAAUGUAUGUGUAAUUUUUUGUUUGUUAAUUAAUUGACUUUGAUUGAUGGUUUUUGUAAAGCUGGGACAGGCAAGUUGGAAGAUUAUGAUCUUUAUUUAUGUAAUAUAAUCUGUGUAAGAAUAUAUUUGAAUACUAUAUGUUGGGUUGUGUGUGAGUGGAAUGUGAGAUUUAAUUCCAGAUA